AUGGGGGACGCCUACAAGAAGAACAUCUCCCAGUUCAGCAAGGGCGAGUACCCCAACGCCAACAACCAGCAGGAUGACCUGGCCAUCAUCACCGACCCCACCAAGCAGAUGGUCAACGCGCUGGGCUUCCUGGCCUACCGCGCCGACGAUCACGGCAACAGCUUCCUGCAGGCUUCCCCCCUCAUCGGCACCCCCAUUGCCGCCAACCCUGCCCGCAGCAAGGCUGCCGCCGUCGGCAACAUCGAGCGCACCGGCGACUCCGACUGGCUGUCCUUCUCUGCGGGCGCCGGCGCCGGCAGCGUCACCGUCGCGAUCACCCCCCCGACGGUGGCGCUCAACAACCACCGCGCCAACGUGGACCUGCGGGUUGAGGUGCACACCGUCGGUGGCCUGGUGCCGCUCGCGACGUUCAACAGCGCCGGCGCGAUCCUGAACGGCACAUUCACCUUCAACCUGCCGGCGGCGGGCACUUACUACAUCUCCGCCACCGGCGUCGGCGACACCGACUACUCGAACUAUGCGUCGCUCGGCGAGUACGGCAUCGCCCUCGAGUACCCCUCCCCCGCGGUGGCGGCCGCCAACGAGAUCCGCCUCUCGCUCUUCAACUCGACCAUCGUCAAGGGCACGUCCCCGGGGCUCCUCGGCACCACCACCACCUCCUACCGCGUGAACGCCACCCUCGUCGCAAAGAAUCAGGCCGCCGCGCCGAUCGCCGGCGCCACCAUCACCGUUGGCAGCACCUGGGCGUCACCCGGUUACAACCCCCUGACCACCUCCCGGAACGUCACCUACACCACCUCGUCCGCCGGCACGUUCCAGGUGUUCUUGUCGCCCAACUCGACGCUGCCAAUCGGCGUCGCGACACUCACGGUCAACUCUGUGUCGGCGCCUGGCUACACAUACAACAGCCUGGCCUCCCAGCUUGCCUACACCUUUAACUGGCCCUGA